GAUUUUAGACUGAUUCAAUAACAUCAAAGCCACUGAUCCGUAAUUUUUCAAAACAAUAUGUAAACCAGUCUUAAAAUUACGUCAUUUUACCGCCAUCUGCCAAAGUGUACUUUCGUUUUCGCUGACCUUAAUAUUUAUCGGGAAACACUCUUUUCCCGUAUUUAUCGAGCCAUCAGAGGAUGAGACAGCUAUGCUGUGUACAAGUGUUGUUGUUGGUUGGCAGCCAUAGAUCAUUUGAAGCACAUUAAUAGAAAAAACAGGUGGACAAGAAAGGGAAGCCAUAAUUUAGCUUCACGAAAAUCACUCCAAGGUCAACUACAUGAGGCACGGGUAUGUAGAGACAAUGCUGAAACAGGGAAAGCAGAUCUUCAAGCAGAAAAUCAAGAUAGACCCACUAAGAAAGAUGACACUACACCAAUAAAGAAACAACACACCAGCUUGAAACAAAAAGAGAGUGAAAAAACAGUGACUGAGAAAAUGAGGAAUGCUGAUGAAGUGCUGGUAUUAAGAAAAAAACAGCAAGAUGUGAAUAAUAGCCAGUCAGCUGUCCAUCAAAGGAGUGGUGAUGACACAGUUGCUGUAGCCAGUGUUGCACAACCAACAGAGAGUCAGUCCUCGGUUACUACUAGUUCUAAAAACCAGAUAAACAUAAGCCAGCCUGUGACUCAGAUUGAAAUGUGUACCAUAAAUGAACAUACCCAACAUAAUAUGGGUAUGAUUGGCUCAAACAAUGUGUCCACACCACCAAGCCUUAUAAAUACACAAACAUUCAACCAAUCUGGCUACGAAGAAAAUCAAAGUUAUAACCAAUAUGAAAAUCUACAAGUAACGUCUGCAGAGAGCCAUUCUGCCUUCAACCAUGUGAUGCCGCAAAACUCCAGUCUUUCGAACUUCAGUAAUGAUGGUGAUGUGUCAUGGAAUAUGUCAUGUGGGGGAUUUUAUCAUAGUACGCCCAGUAGACCAGACCCAUGGGCAACACCUUGCACCAGCAUCAACACAAGUGAUGUUAUGGGUUCAGCCUAUGGCUCAUUGUAUGGACAACCGAGAAACAGUCAGUGUCAUAGCUCAUGUAGCUGUUGUGGAACAGUUGCGGCCCUGUUACGUCGAGUUGAAAUGCUUGAACAGGCUGAGGAGGCAAGGCGUAAGUGGAAAAUCAGACCAGACUGUAACCAAAGACGGGAGGACAUUAUGGCUGGUGAUUCCUCAACACUUCAAGAAAAAAAGGAAACCAUUGCCUGCUAUUGUUUUUUAGCUCGACUAUUCGGAGCAUAGGUCGUCGGCGUGAGCGUCACACAGAUGUUAAAGUUUACGUACCACCCCAAAUAUUUUCAAAGUCUAUUGAGAUAUUGCUUUCAUAUUUUGCAUACUUGUUUACCAUCAUGACCCCAGUCUGUAAAAAGGAGGAGGCAACUCUAUCAAGCAUUUUGACUGAAUUAUGGCCCCCUUUUCGACUUAGAAUAUGCUUAUUGUAAUGUUAAAGUUUGCGUACCACCCCAAAUAUUUUCAAAGUCUAUUGAGAUAUUGCUUUCAUAUUUUGCAUACUUGUUUACCAUCAUGAUCCCAGUCUGUAAAAAGAAAAGGAGGAGGCAACUCUAUCAAGCAUUUUGACAGAAUUAUGGCCCCUCUUGCAACUUAGAAUAUGCUUAUUGUAAUGGUAAAGUUUUACUCAUAGCUUAUAUUAUACUAUCAAGCACUGAGAAUAGUCGAGCAUGCUGUCCAGUGACAGCUAUUGUUUUUUUAGCUAGACUAUUCGAAGAACAGGUACAAAGGUAGACCUUUUAGAUAGAUCCAUCAUGGGAUGGGUGUUGAUUCCUGGUUUGGUUAAGUUUUUGUAUGCAAGCUGGUAUCUUUGACAGUAAACACUUGUGGGAAUGAAUAGAUUGAAACUUCAGGUACUUGUACUUGUCCACUGUGAUGAUCUUCAUGCAUUGUACAGGUUCCCAGGUUCCAUUACUCUGGCAGGUGGUGUCCAAUCUUCACCAAACUUGCUGACAAUGUUAGUGGGCAUUAUUUUAUCUGGGCCAAGUACAAUAACCACCAAAGAGCCUUGGGCACUCUUAAUUAUGCUCCUUCACUUAGGCCAUAAGUUGGAUGACUGGUGUAUUUUGAGAAGUCUGGCACUCUUGUUAAAUUGCAUUCAUUUAAUUGACAAGACUAUUGAAAUAGUCCACCUCUUGAAUUUUAUAAACUGUAAACUGCAUCUUGGUAAAUAAAGCAAUAACAUAUUUUUGCUAUACUUGCAAGUUUGUAAUAUGUAAUGUAUCAAUUCUAUCUGAACACUGUAUUCUGAUUAUUUUUGUACUUUUUCCAGCAACAUUAUAUUAACCUGAUUGCAACAACACCUAACUUGAGUGUUGCAAUUCAAGUUUUACUUUCCGAAGCAUUCACAACGGAAGAGCUGACAUCUUGCAGCGUGAUGGGGGCUCAAAACAUGAAAGGGGAAAUAAAGCCAGCGUUGGAUCAUAAAAAAAGAAGUUUGAUAGAAGCUGCUCUCCUGGAAAAGUACGACUCCAACUUGAUGACUGUGAGGAACCUCAUGAGGGACAGGCUCAAGUUGAUGAGAAAAAG